AAGAGGAAGUAGAUCGAGGCCAGCAAGAUGCAUGUGCGUUCAGCUCAAGUGGCGCAGGACGAGGAAAUCGCCCGACUGUUAAUGGAACAAGAGAAGAAGGAGUACAGGAAGAACCGAGAUCGGGAGAAAGAGCAGGAGAAGGAUAAAGACAGGGAGAGGUAUGCCCAGGAGAAGAUGGCAUAUGAAAGGGGGCGACCAGAGGGAGACUACCGGCCCAGCUCGGAGGAAGUGGUCCGGCCCAGAACACGAGACGAGCAAGAACACCAGCGGCAGAGGCACCACAACAAGCCCUCCAGGCCUCCCCAGCCUCGUGGACAGGACUAUGAGAACGUGAAUGCUGGCUACGGCUACUCGGACCAUGCACCCCCCCGCGCUCCCACCAGACCCGAGGCUCAUAUCAGAGGUGCCUAUUACAAGCGGUGACUCCGGCUCUCUACCCUGUCCAGACAUACUGUCAGUCCUCCUUCGUCCUUUAUUUUUUAUUUAUCUUUUUGUUUUACUCUCUGUCGACCAAAAGCUUGUCGGCAAUGGGAUUAUCUUCUUUUUUUUUUUAAAUACCCUCCAAAGUUGGCCCGGAGUUAGGUAAGUGGGUCUCUGAGUGAUGCAACUACACUUAUCUGUCCCUUUUUUUAUUUGUAAAUUGUGUUAUUAUUUAUUUUAACUGACUCAACAUCCAGACAAGCCAAAAGCCUUGUGACACAAACUCCCCCUGAUUCUUAGCUGUCAAAAAGUAGAGGCUCCUCCCCUUCUGUGGUCAACAUGUGCUGAUGCUCCUGUCAUCACAAGGGCUCAAUGCCUCUGCUGGAUAUGACUGUGCAAUCUCCAAAUUCCUCUCAUGGACGUGCCUGCCUGGUCCAACGCGGCUGCUAGUGUCUUACAUACCAACAUGGCAGCUGCUUUAUACCUCAUGCUGCAGUUCUGUUGUCUUAUCAUGCUGUGCUACGAGGCUACAGGCCCUCUCCAUGUGCCACACAGCGCACCACUCCUGUUAUUCAAAAAUAAGCCUUUAUCAAGAUGCUGGUAGUUUUGCUUCGACAUGUUUUACCACCUUGUUCCAGGGCAGAGGAGGUGGAGCUUUGUGAUGAUCCAUGGACUUUUAAUUGGCUGUAGGCUGUCUUCUUCUUCUGCUUGUGAGGGGCACUGUUUAAGCCCCAUCACCCUUAAAACUGUGGAUGGAUGAUAUUCUGUGUAUGACUCACUGUUUCUAUGUGCAUGCUUACUGAAAGUGUACAACUGUGUACAUGCAUUUCAGCUCUAUACCAAGUUAUCUGGCUCCCUCUUUAUUGUUAAAGCCACAAAAAGCCAAUAAUAUCUUUCUUUGUGAAUGAACAAAAUAUCUUAGCUCAUAUGCUGCUGUGAAAUAUAUCACUUUCCUGCCAUUAUUUCUUAUCAGCUUGUCAUUCGCAAACCAAAACUGGCCCAUAAAAGAACCAGUACCCAAAUGAAAUGCAUGUACAUUGCUUGUCUGUGUCAAAGCUGAAUUCAUGCUUGUGCUUAUAUGCACUUGUUGUGGGAUUGAAUAUACGCUCUUUUAUUUAAAAGUAAAUAUCAUAUUUUUGUUUAUUUUUUAAUUGUGCCACCAAAUUAUGUUCCCUAGAGUGAAAAAUACAAGAUUCUCUCAUUAGUCCCUUGAUUGUGUGUCCAACGUUUCUUUCUUUUUUUUAAUAAAGGGACCCUUUUUUAUUUAAUUUUUUUACCACUGUUUUGUUGGUUUUUCCGAUUAUUUUGUUUCUUUAAUUUCCAUUCCCCAAAGCUUUCCCGCAGUAACUUCAAUCUGUUUCUUUGUCUAAAGCUCAAAGGCAGCCUUCAUUUCCUGCUGGUAGAAAAACAAACAUUCCCACAGUGGAAGUGCAUCUGGAUGGAGGGAAAUCGGCCAGAGGAUCAGUUUAAAUAGAUAUAACUGCUCAAAGGGACCUAUUUUAGUGUUUUUAUUACUCUGGGAUCCAUUAUUUUCUGUUCAUAUUGAAUAAUAAGGAUGUUAAGAAAAGUAAAAAGCACAUUCAUGCUUUUGAGUUUACCGAAACGUUUGUGAUUCUGUCUUUCCAACAUUUAGUGCUGCCUCCAAGUCCUCUUGUUGUAUUAAAAUGUCUUCUUUCAAAAAUGAUUCCCUCCCUGUUCAGAGAAAGUGUAAGAUGUUUGUAUUGCCAAGGACAAACAAGCAGGUGUUGUUGAAAUAUGAUAUGUGCUAGUUGCUGUUGAAAUAAUGAGAUUCGUGCCAUGUGUUUGUAAUUUUUCAGGGACUUGAAAAUGGGAAAACCUAGAGUUGUGGUUGUAGCAGAGAAACCACACCUACCGAGGUGGGACUCCUUAUUUAGUAUUUGGUGAGAGCACCACCUUGUGGACAAUUGAAACAACACAAAUGAUAUCUGAUUGGAGUCGUAGUGAACUUGUGGAUAUUGCGCAUCAGACAUUAUUUUGGAAUAGAGUGCUGUCAACAAAGUGCUACAUACAUAUUUUUCUUUAAUCCAGGGCUUGUAUGCAAUCUACCAAUCAUGAAUCAGCACAUAAUGUGUUGGCAUUUGCUGUAACAGAUUUUUAAAGUAAAACAAAUGAAGUUGAUUUUACCUAUAGCAUCUCAAAAAUGUAAUAAAUUUCAGCAUUUCCA